CGAGUGCUACCGCCUUCUCUUCCAGCUCCAGGCGGCCAAGCGCUGCCGGGCGGGAGCGGGACGGAACGGGAAUGGGGACAGGAAACCGGACGGGGACGGUGACGGACCGGCCCACCCCGCGCUGCAGAGCCGAGACCACGCUGCCGCCACCGCUGCUGCUGCUCCUGGGCCUGGGUCUAUUGCUCCUUCACUGUGUGCUGGCAGAUGGGAAUUCAACCAGGAGCCCUGCAACUCAUGACCUUCUCUGUGGAGGGCCUGCAGAAAACUGCUCAGCCACCACCACCCAGCCGAAGCGGAAAGGCCACUUCUCCCGCUGCCCCAAGCAGUACAAGCACUACUGCAUCAAGGGCAGAUGCCGCUUCGUGGUGGCCGAGCAGACGCCCUCCUGUGUUUGUGAUGAAGGCUACACCGGGGCCCGGUGUGAGAGAGUCGACUUGUUCUACCUAAGAGGAGGCAGAGGACAGAUUUUGGUGAUUUGUUUAAUAGCGGUGAUGGUCUUUUUUAUCAUUCUGGUCAUCAGUGUCUGCACAUGCUGUCAUCCUCUUCGGAAACAUCGUAAAAAAAGGAAGAAAGAAGAAGAAAGGGAAGCGUUGGGUAAAGAUGUGACUCCUAUAAGUGAAGACAUUGAAGAGACUAACAUUGCUUAACGGCUGCAAAGGCUAAUCCUGGCUGGCCCAGUCCACACACUGCCUUGCUCCUUUGGAAACGGACAGAUCUAGUCUCAGGAAAACAAUUCAUAGAAAUGAAUUUUAAAUAUCGUGUUUACUUUUUUAAAACUUUACUUUGUGUCAUUUAUUGCCAUUUUAAAAAUAAUAAUAAUAUAAUAAUUUAAUUAUAGUCCAGCACUUGGAAAAAACACCUGGUGAGGGGGCAACAAAAAGAAGGGACAUUUUAGUAAUUUUCCACUGAAGUUUAUCACCAGGAUUAUUAGUCAAGUAAAAAAAAAAACUAGUAAGAUGGAGUUUAGAGCUUAGGAAAUUAAUUAGCAUUAAAGCUACCAUCUUCAUGAACUGUGUGCUAUGAGUUUGAAAUACUUCGUUUCAUUUGGUCCUCCCAGCAAUCUGUGAGGAAGACACUACGAUUCUCAUUCCCCGGGUAGGGGAAGAGCCCCCCAAGAUCCAAUGUCCAGCCUAGCUCUAUAGAGUCAGGAGUUGUAGGGGUCAGAAUUAAAAUUAAGCCUUACCUGGAUUUGAAGUUGGUGUUCUUAGCUAGGCCCUGUUCAUUUGAGUUGCGUCACCUAAGUCAACAGUUUAGGGCAGGAUUUCCUGCUCCCUCCUGUGACCUUGACUGUCAAGGCCACCUCCCUGCUAUGACACAGGGUGCAGAGUCCCGGCCAGGAUGGCUGUGACCAUUGUGUCUUUCACAGAAUUGACUUUUCUUGUCUAUGAAGCCUCAGUGACAUGAAUGAAUCUGUACAUUAUCAAAACCUGAAGUGUUCCCUAGCUAGAGGAGUGAAGACAGCUGGGAAAGCAAAUGCUUGGUAUCCUUUGAAUCCUGCGGAAGUACUGAUGCUCAGCAGAGUACAGUGACAGCCCCAGAAGAGGCUGUGCUUGUCAGGGAUGGCGCCCCAGCCUCAGACACACCUUGGCUGUGGCCUACCCUCACUUCCAGUUCUUUUUCACAACAGCGAAGAUGUUGGUCUCAGAAGGGGUUGGGUGCAGUCCUUUGUGACUACAGCAUUUGUUAUUUGAUCAGCUCUGUCAGAUGCUCCCUCAGUCUUGUGUCCUGCUUAGGAAACACUAUGUUAGCCCCGAGAAGGUGAAAUCUAGGUUGAACCAGUAUUCCAUAGGAUACUCAGCUCUCUGCAUUGAUUAGGUGAGUCACAGGAAACAGUGAACUAUGUACACAAAUUGCUGCAGUAUGUGCCCGUCAACCGAGCACCAUCUCCACAGAACCCUUGUAGGCUUCACUCUGUAACAUGAGUUCCAAAGCCAGCACUCAGCAGGACAUUGACACUGAGCCCAGUGGAGAAGCUCCUGGACCCAUGUGCAGUGUUGGUGGAGAGAAACAUACGGCUACCAGUCAGGGCACACUCACACACCGGUGACAUUUGACGUGGAUUAUUUUUCCUGCUGACUUAAUGACAUCUGGAAGCAGGACUGUACUCACCUGAUUAGUGUGGAAUAUGUCUUGUUUCUAAAGUUUCCUAUGGACUCCUUUCGUCCUCUUUCCUUCUUGGUCUUCUUUGGUACUGAAAAGGCUUAAGAAAAAUGCUCCUUAGAGCACUUGGAAAGACAAAGCAAUCCAGGAAUGUUUCUCUGCUGGACUGAGGUUGGCUGACCAAGGAACUCUCUCAGGUCAAUUCAGGCUUGGGAGGAUUGCUUUGAUUCUACAACUUUAAUGAUGGCCUUAGAAAUUCUGAUAUCCACCAAAAAUUUUAAAGACUUUUGUAUCUUUUGAAAAUGUGUCUGGUAAUUCGUUUGCAUAUAUUAAAUGACUGCUUAUGUAAACUAUCACUAUUAUGUUAUAAAAUAAAUUUAUUUUUAAAACAAAACAAA